UUCCACUGACACCGAGCAUUAUUUUUGCACUGGACUCACAAGUCCAGUCCUUAGUACUGGUGUCUGCAAACUCUUUGCUGGUUUCAACUUUGCUGGAUUUUAUUUUCUUCCCUACACGGUUUCCAGGUCUUCCCCAACUGCAUUACCCUACACCCAGUUUAAGAGGUGAACAGAGGUGGCAGGAUGUCUUUGCCCUUCUACCAAAAGCACCAUCAUCACUAUGACCGUGGUUACCGCAGCACAGACUUACAGUCAACUCUGAGCCAGUACCAACAUGAAGAGAAGCGUCAGUCUGCCUCUCGCAGCAGUCAUCUUGGACUCAAGUCAUCUUACACAAUGAGAGAAGAUAGAUCACAAAAGCUAAGUCCCAGGGCAAAGAGAACGAAACAUCUAACCCCAUUUGAAGACAAAGAGAAUGAAGGAGUUGACUAUGUGGUUCCAAUAUUUAGAGGACGUCAGGAAUAUGUGAGUGGAAUAACUGAUACUGAAGAAGACAGAAUUAUGGAGACUGCAGGUUAUGUAGCGAGAAGGAAUCUGUUUUCCACUGGAGAAGGAAUAAGUGUAUCAAGGGCUUCUUCAUCAUUAUCAGAACAUUCCGAGCACUACCAGAAAAAGUCACGAAGUGUUGAGAUAAGGGAAAAGGCUGAGCGACUUGCACUGAAAAAGACGAUAGAUGACACUGAGGACUUUCACAGAAAGAUAAAUGAAGAUAUGCUUCUUCAUGCUCCUAUAUUUAUCAUCAAGCCUCGUUCCCAUACCAUCUGGGAGACGCAAAAUGUCAAACUUCACUGCACAGUGAGUGGCUGGCCAGAGCCCCGUGUCACAUGGUACAAAAACAAUGUGCCCAUAGAUGAUCAGGCUCAUCCCGAGAAGUAUAAAAUUGAAGGUGGAUAUGGAAUUCACUCCCUGGAGAUCUUCAAGUGUGACUUUGAAGACACAGCUCAGUAUCAUGCCUCGGCUAUGAACGUGAAAGGAGAAAACUCAGCAUAUGCCUCCCUCGUGGUAAAGAGGUACAAAGGGGAUUUGGAUGACAGUGCUUUCCCACCCAAGAGCACACCCUUCAGCUUUAGCGUCACUCCAUACGGCUUCGCUUCCAAAUUUGACAUUCAUUUUGUUGACUCGUUUGGAGUGUCAUUUGGCAAAGAGGGUGAGACACUGAGCUUGGGGUCUAAAGUGAUCAUUCAUCCUACCAUCAAACGCUUCCAACCUGAGAUUCAGUGGUACAAGAAUGGAGUUCUGCUCUCUCCUUCAAAAUGGAGAAACAUGCACUGGAGCGGAGAACACUCGACCCUGACUCUUACCCACCUGAAUAAAGAAGAUGAAGGCUUAUAUACCCUUCGGGCUGUCAUGGGCGAAUACUAUGAACAAUACAGCGCUUAUGUAUUUGUCAGAGAUGCUGAAGCAGAGGUAGCUGGAGCCCCUGCUGCACCCUUGGAUGUGGAGUGUCUUGAUGCUAACAAGGACUAUGUUAUUAUCUCAUGGAAGCAGCCAGCUGUUGAUGGUGGGAGUUCCAUUCUAGGAUACUUUAUUGACAGAUGUGAAGUUGGGACCCAACACUGGACCCAGUGUAAUGACACACCCGUCAAGUUUGCCCGUUUCCCAGUCACUGGAUUAAUAGAGGGCCGUUCCUACAUCUUUCGUGUGAGGGCUGUAAAUAAAACUGGAAUUAGCAGGCCAUCCCGCGUGUCAGAACCAGUUGCUGCCCUGGAUCCAGCUGACAGAGCCCGAAUCAAGUGUCGCCCUUCUGCUCCAUGGACUGGGCAAAUCAUUGUCACAGAGGAAGAGCCUACUGAGGGAGUUAUUCCUGGGCCCCCAACUGAUCUCACUGUUACUGAAGCCACCAAGAACUAUGUGGUGCUUAGCUGGAAGCCACCUGGUCAACGUGGCCAUGAAGGUGUCAUGUACUAUGUAGAAAAGUGUGUUGCUGGAAUAGAUAACUGGCAAAGAGUCAAUACAGAGAUACCAGUGAAGUCCCCACGCUUUGCACUUUUUGAUCUGGCAGAAGGAAAAUCAUACAGUUUCCGUGUGCGUUCCUGUAACUCAGCCGGAGUCGGGGAGCCUUCGGAAGCUACUGAAGCCACUGUAGUAGGUGACAAGCUUGAUAUCCCACCACCUGCAAGUAACAUUAUACCAACAAGAAACACAGACACAUCAGUGGUUGUCACAUGGACUGAAUCAAAGGAUGCCAGAGAAUUGGUUGGGUAUUACAUCGAAGCCAGCAUUGCAGGGUCUGGGCACUGGGAACCAUGCAACAACAACCCUGUAAAAGGCAAAAGAUUCAUUUGCCAUGGGCUUCUCACUGGGCAGAAGUAUGUAUUUCGGGUCAGAGCUGUCAAUGCAGCAGGACUCAGUGACUACUCAUCUGACUCUGAGGCUAUAGAGGUCAAAGCAGCUAUAGGGGGAGGAUUGCCUCAUGCAACUCCAUCUCCACCCUAUGACAUCACUAUCCUUGAAAGUGUGCGCGAUUCCAUGGUAUUAGGAUGGAAAGAACCCAAAAUUACAGGGGGCCUGGAUAUCAAAGGCUAUUAUGUGAACUUCCGUGAAGUCAUUGAUGGUGUUGCUGGACAGUGGCAUGAGGCCAAUAUUAAAGCCAUUAGUGAAAGAGCAUACAGAAUUCUGAAUCUGAAAGAAAACACUGUGUACCAGUACGAAGUGAUGGCUUGUAACCUGGCUGGGGUUGGAACACCAUCACAGCCAAGCAAACCAUUCAAAUGUGAGGAAUGGACCAUUGCUGUGCCAGGACCUCCGCAUCAGCUCACACUAAGAGAGGUCAGGAGCACCUCCAUGGUUCUUCUUUGGCAGCCCCCUGUCUACACCGGCCGAAAUCCCGUUACAGGCUAUUAUAUUGAUAUUAAAGAGGCAGAUGCAGGAGAUGAACGCUGGAGAGGUGUCAAUGAAAAGCAAACUGCUAACAAAUACAUUAAGAUUGUAGACCUGCAGGAAGGGGCUCGCUAUGUCCUGAGAGUGAGGGCUGUAAACCAGGCAGGCGUUGGCAAAUCAUCUGAUCUAACUGAUCCUGUUCUGGCACAGACCAAACCAGGUACCAAAGAAGUAGAAGUGAUUGUUGAUGACGAUGGCAUCAUUUCUUUGAACUUUGAAUGUGAUCAGUUAACUCCAGACUCAAAGUUCAUAUGGUCCAAGAAUUAUGAGCCAAUUGAUGAUGAUUCUUCAAGGGUAUCAGUUGAGACCAAAGGUGGCAGGACAAAAGUUUCAUUCAAAGAUCCCUCAGAAGAGGACCUGGGAAUUUACUCCUGUGUUGUUACAGAGACUGAUGGUGUUUCAUCCAGCUAUACAUUAGAUGCAGAGGAGUUGAAACGCCUCCUGCAACUUAGCCAUGACAACAAAUACCCAGUUAUUCCUCUCAAAUCAGAAUUAGCUGUUGAGAUUUUGGAGAAAGGACAAGUUCGCUUUUGGAUGCAAGCUGAAAAACUUUCUCCAAAUGCCAAGGUCAACCAUGUGUUUAAUGACAAGGAAAUCAAGGAUGGUGAUAAAUACAAUAUGAGUAUGGACCGUAACACUGGUAUUGCACAAAUGGUCAUGGAGAAGCUUGAAGAUGAAGAUGAAGGCACAUAUACCUUCCAGCUUCAGGAUGGAAAAGCAACCAAUCAGUCCAGCUUGGUUUUGAUUGGUGAUGUGUUUGAAAAGUUAAAGAAAGAAGCAAGAUUUCAGAGACAAGAAUGGAUUAGGAAACAAGGUCCUCAUUUUGUUGAGUAUCUUGGAUGGGAAGUUACCCCUGAGUGCAAUGUGUUGCUAAAAAGCAAGGUGGCUAACAUAAGGAAUGAUACAAAUAUUUCCUGGUACAUAGAUGAGAGGGAGAUAAUGGAAGAUGAGAAGCAUGAGUUUAAAGAUGGCGUGUGUACUUUGCUCAUUACUGAGUUUACUAAAAAAGAUGCUGGUGUUUAUGAACUUAUACUUAGAGACGACAGAGGAAAAGACAAGAGUGUGCUCAAGCUUAUGGAUUCAGCAUUUGAUGACCUCAUGUCAGCAGUGUGCAAAGUGAUUGCUGAGUCUGCCUCUCAACUCAAAAUCCAGAGCAAUGAAGAAGGCAUCAGACUGUACACUUUUGUAAAUUACUUUGUAGACGAUCUGAAAGUAAGCUGGUGUCACAACGAUGGCAAGAUAAAAUACACGGACAGAGUUAAGACUGGUGUAACUGGAGAGAUGAUCUGGCUUCAAAUAAAUGAGCCUACACCAAAUGACAAAGGCAAAUAUGUUCUGGAAAUGUUUGAUGGAAAAUCAACACACACAAGGGACGUUGAUCUUUCAGGACAAGCUUAUGAUGAGGCAUUUGCUGAAUUCCAGAGGCUUAAACAAGCUGCAAUAGCAGAAAAAAAUCGUGCCAGGGUAACAGGAGGUUUGCCUGAUGUUGUUACCAUCCAGGAAGGAAAGGCACUUAACCUUACCUGCAAUAUCUGGGGUGAUCCAGUACCUGAGGUCACUUGGCUUAAGAAUGAAAGGGAGCUUAUUGGAGAUGAUCACUGCAUCCUGAAAUUUGAAGCUGGGAAGUACGCCAGUUUUACCAUUACCUGUGUCUCCACUACCGACUCCGGGAAAUAUGCCAUUCGGGCAAAGAACAAAUAUGGCACUGAGACUAAUGAUUUCACUUUGAUAGUGACACAUAUGAUGGGGGAGCUUGGAAUGGCUAUGUAUGUUGCUGAUGCAGCAGGGCAUGUCAUGGAAACAGUUACUCCAGGAAAAAAGAAGGAACCGAAAUCAAAAUUUCGCACCAAAGAAGUAUCAAAGCAAGAUUUGGUGAAACCACAUGUUGAAGAGAUUGUUGCAACUGAAGAGACACCAGGGCCAGAUGAGAAACCUAUCGUAGAAGAAGAAGAUAAUGGAAAACAAAAAUAAAGAGUGAAAGCCACACAGCAUGGAUACUAUGGAUAUAAGUAUAAUGAUGCAACAGAUGAAAAAAGUGAUUCAGCUCUGUAUCAUUAAGUUCAUUCAUGCUGGAGAAUUUACUGCAUCUCAGUGGCUGUGACAAAAAGCCCUGCUGUCCUAGGGGACAGUGAUUAUAUACGUUAUUGGAAGGAGACUCAUUUUUUCCUACUAUUUAGAUUUACAGUUACUAAAACUGUGCAUUACUUUAUCAACCUAUAGCAGCAAUGAUGUUACUUUGCUUUUAAGUCAACAAGAUGUUAAUCAGUCCUGUUGCAACAGUUACUGCCACCUGUGUGACCUUUCCAAUAGGAACCAAUUAAUAAUGAAAUGAAACAAUUGUAGCAGCUUUGGUGUUGCUAGUGAAGGGCUAUUUACUACUUGCAGGGCAGGGUGCAAAGUGUAAAAAAGGGCACAAUCCCCCAUGGUUUGUGCACAGUGUUCCCUGCUCUGCAAGUAGCAGAAUUGCCACAGGUCUACACGUUUGACCCAUAAGUAAAGUGUUGCAUUUGCCAGUGCUGUGUUCAUGAGGGGCAGAUGGGGGGAGGCACGUAGCCAUCCCCUCCCAUUCCUGACUUUGUGCAUUACAAGUUGAGAGUGGCACCGGACACAGGCUGCAUCAGGGGCCCUGUACUAAACAUCUGCCCUAUAGUAAGGACACACACUGUACUGUGCAACUUGCGCUUGAUUUUUAUGCCCCCACAAAGUGCAAAGAGCAACCUGACCCCAGACAGAAGUGAUCUCUAAAGGGACACCCUUUUGUGCUCUCUUCUUGCACUUCUGUCUAGGGUUUAAGCAAAUGUCACUUUUUUUCUUUUACAGUUACCUGUGCUCCACAUUGUAUCACAGACACAAGCAUUGUUUCACAAAACAAACUAGAUUUAGUUGCCUAAGAAAAUGUAUCUAACAAUUUAUUACCAGACCUGCAGCAAACUUUGUACCUGUACCCUCACAUGAGGCAAGUGUACUAGUUUCUAGUAACUAGCAGCAGAUUUUAAGCAGCAGACCUGUAAAUGCUACCCACUGAUUGGAUACUAUGGUUUAUCAGAAAUGGAGCAAAUGCAGCACUUUUUUAACUUAUAGCCCCAUUAUAUUUGUUUGUGGCUUUCCACUUGAUGCAUAUCAUUUUUUCGAGAUAGUGUAUACAUACCUUUAUAACGAUUUAAGAAUAAUGUAACCAUUUUGUAUUUCACUUUCAAAUUAUGUUUUGUAUUUAAAUACAUUUAAUUCCUUAUUCAGUCUGAUCAAUAAAGCACAUCUAAAUGUUUUCUUCAUUA